AUGUGUGAUGAAUGGGUUGCUGUUUGUGAGCAAUUCGAUCAGAAUCACACCGAACGCCCACCAAUCAACGGAUCUUGUGUAUCCUCUUCUUUCAUGGAUUUCUGGGGCCAUGUGGGACAAAGAUCCACAAACAGUACGAGUGGUUGUUCCAGGUCCCAUUCCCCGUUUGGCGAGACCGAAAUCACAGAUUUUAACAUGUCCUUUGAGACUGAGGAGCAUGUUAGCUUUUUUCAAGUCUCGGUGGGAGAUGUCUUUGGAGUGGAUGUACUCAAUGCCCAGGAAAAGCUGAGCCAUGUAGAACUCUACAUGUUCCGGUCUCAGCGUGACCUUUUUGGUGAAGGUACUGAAGUUAUCUUCACUCACAAAAUCCAUAAUGAAGUAGAUGCGCUUCUCGGUGUGGAAGGUGGCGAGCAGCUUCACAACAUGAAUGCUAUCCAGCUCUUUCAUGAUCUGCUGCUCGUGAAGAAUGAAUUGCACAUCUUUUUCGCUUCUGAUUCUGACUUUUUCCUGCACUUUCAUGGCAACGUGGGACUUUGUUUGGGAACAUUGAGCAAGGUAGACCUGUACAAUAAAAAUACAUUCGUCCGUGUUGUGAUCUAA